AUGAAUCUCUCCAAUUCCAUGUUUCAAUUUCUCGUCCUCUUCGCUCUCUUUUCUCUCGUGAAACCAGACGCCGCCUUGAUCGGAAGCGUCUGCGGCAAGACUGAACAGCCGGUCAUUUGUUCCGAUUGCUUCAAAUCCUCCUCCGGAAGCCAGACCGCCGACGUCCGUGGGCUCGCAGUCAUCGCCAUUGGAUGUGCCGAGAGAAAUACCAGAUUAAUGGCGCAGAAACUCGGCGAACUUCUCCGUAGCACGCCGGAUUCCGCUUUGAAGACGAUUUUGAACGGUUGCUGGUUAUCGACGGGGUAUACUGCCGGCGAUUUUCCGGGAAUCGAAAGGGCUGUCGCGGCCGGAGACUACACCACCGGCAGAAACACUUUGGAGAUUGCGAUUAGGAAUGUGAAUAGCUGCUUGGAAGAGUUCAAUAAAAACCCUCGCGUUCCGGUGCCGUCGGAGGUUUUGACGGGGACGGUGGCGGCCAUCCAAGGCCGCCGGAUUGUUUCUGAUAUUUUGAAUAGUAUUUAA